AUGUCUGUCGUUGGUAUUGAUCUCGGUAAUCUUCAAACAGUUAUUGCUGUUGCCCGUAAUCGUGGUAUCGAUGUUAUCUGUAACGAAGUCUCUAAUCGUGCCACUCCUUCCAUUGUUUCUUUCGGUUCUAAGCAAAGAUUCCUCGGUGAAGCUGCUAAGACCCAAGAAAUUAGUAACGCUAAAAACACCAUUGUCAGUUUAAAGCGUCUUAUUGGUCGUACUAAUGAAGAUCCCGAAGUUCAAGAAAUUGAAAAGAACUUCAUCAUGGCCGAAUUGGCUGAUGCCAACGGUCAAGCUGGUGUUAAGGUCAACUACCUUGGUGAAGAGACCGUCUUUUCAAAUGUUCAACUCCUUGCUAUGUAUCUCAACAAGAUCAAGGAUAUCACCGCUGUUGAGCUCAAGGGUCCUGUUUCUGACUGUGUCAUUGCUGUCCCUGGUUGGUUCACCGAAGUUCAACGUCGCGCUGUCCUUGCCGCUGCUGAAAUGGUUGGCUUGAAUCCUUUGCGUAUUGUCAACGAUUUAACUGCUGCCGCUCUCGGUUACGGUAUUACCAAAUUAGAUCUUCCUGAAGAUAAGCCCAGAAAUGUCGCUUUUGUCGAUAUCGGUCACUCUUCUUAUUCUUGUCAAGUCGUCUCCUUUUUGAAGGGACAACUUACUGUUCGCGGUAGUGCUUACGAUGAACACUUUGGUGGUCGUGAAUUUGACGCUGUUAUUGUCGAAAAGCUUGCUGAACAAUUCAAGGAAAAGUAUAAGAUCGAUGUUUACACCAACAAGAAGGCUCUUUUGCGUCUUCGUGUUGCUGCUGAACGUUGCAAGAAGAUUCUUUCAGCCAACCCUCAAGCUCCUGUUAACAUUGAAUCCAUUAUGGAUGACCGCGAUGUUUCCACUUUAGUCAACCGUGAUGAAUUCGAAGAAUGGGCCGCUCACUUAUUCACUCGUACUGAAACAGUUUUGGCCAAGGCUCUUGAAAGUGCUGGCAUGAAGGCUGAAGAAAUCGACUAUGUUGAAAUGGUCGGUGGUACUACUCGUAUCCCUGCUAUCAAGGCCACCAUUUCCAAGUUCUUCGGUAAGGACAUCUCCACUACUCUUAACCAAGAUGAAGCUGUUGCUCGUGGUGCUGCUCUUCAAUGUGCCAUGUUGUCUCCUGUCUUCAAGGUCCGUGAAUUCCGUGUCAACGAUAUCUGUAGCUACCCUAUCAAACUCACCUGGGAAGCCACUCCUGAAGAAGAAGAAACUGAAAUCGUUUGCUUCGACAACAACAACUCUAUUCCUUCCACCAAGAUCUUGACUUUCUUCCGUCGUGAACCCUUCACUUUACAAGCUGUCUAUGCUAAGCCUGACGAAUUACCUCGCGGUAUCAACCCUUGGAUCGGUCAAUACACCAUCAAGAACGUUCAACCCGUCAAUGGCGAACCUGCUCAAAUCAAGGUCAAGGUUAGAUUAAACAUUCACGGUAUUUUUACCGUUGAAUCCGCCUACACUGUCGAAGAAAAGAUGGUGGAUGAAGAAAGCAAGAACAAGGACGGUGAAACUGAAGUGAAGAAGGUCAAGAAGCUUGUCAAGACAGCUGAUCUUCCUGUUAGCACCGGUAACACUGCCAUCUCCAAGGAAAUUAUCAACGAAUAUACCGAAAAGGAAAGCCAAAUGUAUGCCAAUGACAAGCUCAUUGCUGCUACUGAAGCUGCCAAGAACUCUCUUGAAGAAUACGGUUACGAAAUGCGUGACAAGAUCAUCGGUCCUCUUUCCGAUUAUAUUGAUCCUAGCGUCAAGGAUAAGUUUGCUGACGAUCUCAACGCUGUUGUUGAUUGGAUUUAUGAUGAAGGUUACGACGCACCCAAGUCUGUCUAUGUUGAAAAGUUGGAUGCUCUCAAGAAGAUUGGUAACCCCGUUGUCGAACGUUACCGCGAAGCUGAAGAACGUCCUCAUGCUGAACGCAGUCUCCGUGACACCAUGCAACGUUUGACCCAAGAAGCUUUAAGCAAUGACGAAAAGUACUCGCAUAUUCCUGCUCAUGAAAAGCAAGAUAUCGUCGAACGUUGUGAACGUGCCGGCAGAUGGAUGGACGAACAAAAGGCCAAGCAAGAAAAGAUGGCCAAGCAUGAAACUCCUGUCUUAUUCAGCCGUGAUAUCAAGAAGGAAGAAGAAGCUAUUAUCUUCUUUGCCAACCCUAUCUUGAACAAGCCCAAGCCUGCCCCUAAACCUGAAGAACAACCCGCCGCUGCUGGUGAUGCUGAAAACAAUGCUGAUGCCGAUACCCCUAUGGACGACAAUCAGGAAAACAAGGAGGACGAUAAGGAUAACAAGAAGAAGGACGAUAUGGACAUUGAUUAA